GCUGCCAACCGCCAUUAGAUGAUCAGAAGAAGAAGCAAAAACAGAAGCGCUCUAAUCAUCUACUAAUCAUCUUUACAUUCAAAUAUUUCUGACAGGGUUUUACCUCCACAGUUCCAUCUGAUCCGUUGUGGGUGUAUCUGAGGAGGUUAACUGCGUUCUGCUGUAAAGAUUAAGGCACGAGUGCUGCCCUGUUGCAAGUCUUCUAUUGGUGUCCUCUUUCCUACACCUCUUAUAUAUCUUAUAUCUCCACAAGAACAUCAAGAGAUGAAUUCAGAAGAAAUUAAAUGUGAGAAUCCGGAACCCAAAGAGAGCUUCAGUACUCAGCAAAGCUCAUCUGAUGCUUUCCACAUUAACACCUCUCAGUCCAAAAAGAAAAUUCACAACUGCUCACAGUGUGGGAAGAGUUUCAGUCAAAAGAGUUAUCUCACAACCCACCAGCGGAUUCACACGGGAGAGAGGCCGUAUCAGUGUUCACACUGUGGGAAGUGUUUCAACCUGAGCAGUAUUCUCCGAAAACACCUGCGGGUUCACACAGGUGAGAAGCCGUAUCAGUGCUCACAGUGUGGGAAGAGCUUCAGCCUGAGGAACACUCUCAAAAGACACCAGCGCAUUCACACAGGAGAGAAGCCGUAUCACUGCUCGCAGUGUGGAAAGAGUUUUACCGAGAGAGGUAGUCUCAGACAACACCAGCGAAUUCACACAGGAGAGAAGCCGUAUCACUGCUCGGACUGUGGGAAAAACUUUUCUGUCCAGAGUAGUCUUCAGCAUCACCAGCGCAUUCACACUAAAGAUAAACCAUACCGCUGUUUAGAGUGUGGGAAGAGAUUUAGAAAAGGAGCUCAUCUCCAAGCACACCAACAUAUUCACACCGGAGAGAAGCCUUAUUAUUGUUCAGUAUGUUGGAAGGGUUUUAGUAGGCACGGUUGUUUCCUGCGACAUCAGCUCAUUCACACAGGAGAGAAGCCGUAUCAGUGCCCCCAGUGUGGGAGGAGUUUUAGGAGGCGUUGUCAUUUACAGCGACACCAGCACAUUCACACUGAAGAUAAACCAUAUCACUGUUUGGAGUGUGGGAGGAGUUUUAGAGAAGAACCCGAUCUCCAAGCACAUCAACAUGCUCACAGAAGAGAGAAGCCGUAUCAGUGCUCAGAGUGUGGGAAAAGAUUCAGGAACCGCGGUCAUUUUCAGCGACACCAGCACGUUCACACAGCCGAGAACGUGGACGUGUGGCAAUUCUCAUCAAAUAGCGUGGGAAUGAACUAUCCAGAUAUGAGUGGUGUCCUUCCUUUUACUGCUAUCCUGUUCCCUACACAGCAUCGUUUUAUCUCUGCAAGAACAUCAGUAGAUCCAACUAGGAUGACAUCAGGCGAGAUUAAAUGUGAGAAUCUGGAAUCCACAGAGAUUGGUCAACAAAGCUCAUCUGGUACUUUCCACACUACCACCCUUUACAGACAAACACAAAGUGAAGUUCACCAGUGCUCACACUGUGGGAAGUAUUUCAAUCAGAAGAGUACUCUCAAAAAACACCAGUGUAUUCAUUCGGGAGAGAAGCCGUAUCACUGCCCAAACUGCGGGAAAAGUUUCAGUCAGAAGAGUACUCUCAAAGAACACCAGCGCAUCCACACGGGAGAGAAGCCGUAUAGAUGCCUACAGUGCGGGAAGAGUUUCAGUCAAAACGGGAACCUCAAAAAACACCAGCGGAUUCACACCGGAGAGAAGCCAUAUCAGUGCUCACAGUGCGGGAAGAACUUCACAGGCCAGAGCGAUCUCCAGCGACACCUGCGCAUUCACACGGGAGAGAAGCUGUAUCCGUGUUUGCAAUGUGAGAAGAGUUUUAUUGAGCGUAGUAAUCUUAUAAAGCACCAGAGAAUUCACACCGGAGAGAAACCGUAUCAGUGCUCACACUGUGGAAAGAGUUUUACACAGAACUGUAACCUCCAAAAACACCUGCGUAUUCACACAGGAGAUAAACCGUAUCAGUGCUUAGACUGCGGGAAGAGUUUUACUCAAAGGACUGAUCUCCAAAUACACCAACGCGUUCACACGGGAGAUAAACCGUAUUACUGCUCACUGUGCGGGAAGAACUUCACAAGCCAGAGUCAUCUCCUGCGACACCAGCGCAUUCACACGGGAGAGAAGCCGUAUCAGUGCUCGCAGUGUGAGAAGAGCUUUAUCGAGAGAGGUAUUCUCAUACAACACCUGCGAAUUCACACGGGAGAGAAGCCGUAUGGAUGCUCACACUGUGGGAUGAGUUUUGCACAGAGGAGUAAUCUCCGAAAACACCUCCACGUUCACACUGGAGAUAAACCGUAUCAGUGCUUGGAAUGUGGGAAGGGUUUUAUACAGGGAGCUGAUCUGCAAGAGCACCAACACGUCCACACCGGGGAAAAGCCGUAUUACUGCUCAGUGUGCGGGAAGAGCUUUACUAGGCAUAGUAGUUUUCAACGACACCAACACAUCCACACUGGAGUGAAACUGAAUCAGUGCUUAGAUUAUGGUAAGAGUUUUCUUGAGAACAGUAAGCUCAUAAAACACCAGAGAACUCAUACAGUGGAGACUUUUAGUGGACGUAGUAAUUUGCAGCAACAUAAACACAUUCACACGGCUGAGACUGGGGACGUUCCACAGUUCUUUUUAGAACAACGUGUGGGAAUUGAUUAUUGUCUUUUUGUAAAUCCAGAUUUGAGUGGUGUCCAGUCUUCUCUUGUUGUCUACUUUCCUACACAUUUUAAAUUUACCUCCACAAGAACAUCACAAGAUCUGACUAAGAUGAAGUCAGGCGAGGUUAAAUGUGAGACUCCGGAACCCACAGAGAUCUCCGGUAGUCACCAAAGCUCAUCUGAUACUAUCCACACAAACACCCCUCACAGAAAAAAAGAAAAUCACCACUGCUCACAGUGUGGGAAGAGUUUCAGUGAAAGGACUAAUUUUAGACGACACCAGCGCAUUCACACAGGAGAGAAGCUGUAUCAGUGUUCGCACUGUGGGAAGAGAUUUACCGAGAAUGGUCAGCUUAGACAACAUCAGCGCAUUCACACGGGAGAGAAGCCGUAUCCCUGCCUGGACUGUGGGAAGAGUUUUAGGCAAAAGAGUAGUCUCACAAAACAUCAGCGCAUCCACACAGGAGAGAAGCCGUAUAGCUGCUCAGACUGUGGGAAGAGAUUUACACAAACUAGUAGCCUCCGCCAACACCGGUGCAAACCGUAUAAACUGUAUUACUGCAUAGAAUGUGGAAAGGGUUUUAAACAUGACCUUAGUCUCCAGUUACAUCAGCGUAUUCACAAAGGGAACACGUCGUAUGACUGCUCACAGUGUGGCAAGAAUUUUACGAGCCUGAGUACUCUUCAGCGACACCAUCGCAUUCACACGGGAGACAAGCCGUUUAAGUGUUCACAGUGUGGUAAAGGUUUUAUAGAGCACUGUAAGCUCAUAAACCACCAACGAAUUCACACAGGAGAGAAGCCGUACAGCUGUUCACAUUGUGAGAUGAGUUUUACAGAAAGGAGGUCUCUCCAACAACACCAGCGCAUUCACACUGGAGAGAAGCCGUAUCACUGCUUAGAGUGUGGGAAACACUUUAAUAGAAUGACUGCUCUCCGAGUACACCAGCAAACCCACACAGGUCAGAAGCCCUAUCACUGUUCUCAGUGUGGGAAGAGUUUUACUACACAUAGAAGUUUCCAGCAACAUCUGCGCAUUCACACAGGAGAGAAACCUUAUCAGUGCUCAUACUGUCAGAAGAGUUUUACACAAUGGGCUACCCUUUAUAAACAUCAGCGUGUUCACACAGGAGAUAAACCGUAUCACUGCUUAGAGUGUGGGAAGAGUUUUAAUCGAUUGGACAGGUUCCAUUUACACCAACGCAUUCACAGUGGACAGAAGGCCCAUUACUGCUCAGAGUGUGGGAGGAGUUUUACUAGCAUGAGCCAUCUCCAAAAACACCAGAGUAUUCACGCUGAGAAAGCAUAUCACUACGCUUAGUGUGAGAAGAGUUUUAGUAACCAGAGAAACUUUCAGCAACGCAAGCUGAUUCACACUGCUGAGAAUAAGGACAUGAUGCAAACUGUAUUAAAUAUACUAUUCCAAAGAAUUUCACAUUCACCAAUGAAGGUGCAGGUGUUUUAGGUUUUUUAAUCUUAAUCCUUGCCCAUUCUAUGAAUAUAAUCAUGCAGAUACAGGUCAAAAGCUUCAGUUAAUGAUCACAUCAAACAUCAGAAUGAAGGAAAAAGAAUGAUAUCUGUGACUUUAACCUGUGGUUUUCACACACAACAGUCUCUAGAGUUGACACAGAAUGGUGAGGAAAACCAAAAAACAUCCUGUAAGUGGAGGGUUUGCUGGCUGAAAUACCUUGUUGAAGAGGAGAGUGACCCGACUGGUCUGAGCUGACAGGAUGUCUUUACUAACUCAAAUAAUCACUCUUUACAACCGUGCUGAGCAGAAAAGCAUCUCAGAACGCACGACACAUCGAACCUUGAGAUUAGAUAGCUGCAUGAAUGUGCAUAAAGUUGAUGGUGAGUGUAUAUUUUGUUACAUACACUUGUAAUUUUUUUUUGGUGUUUUAUGUCUGAAUAGGUGCUUUUACUUGUUGAUUAAUUGUUAUUGUGUAAUUGUAAUAAUUGUUCAAUACUUUUGAGUAGCCAUGGAUUUAAAGAAAUAACAAUAACAUCAAUGAAAUUAAACAACAGAACACUAAUGGGUUUCAUAAAUGGAAAAAUAUAAUGGAUGUCUGCAGUUGUGCCCAAAUUUCUGAUGACCCUAAAUAAUUGUUUUUGAGGAUAAUUUACCUCAAUUAGAAGAGAACCUCAAAGCUAACACCAAUCCGUUAAACUUGACUGACAGUUAAAAUACUGUGUACUUGCAACCACAAUUCCAAAAAAGUUGGGACGCUGUGUGAAAUGUCAAUAAAAACAAUGCAAUGA